AUGGAUCGCGAGGAGGCAGUGUACCUCGCCAAGCUGGCCGAGCAGGCCGAGCGCUACGACGAGAUGGUGGAGGAGAUGCAGAAGGUCGCCAAGAUGGUGCACGAUCAGGAGCUGUCCGUGGAGGAGCGCAACCUGCUCAGUGUUGCCUACAAGAACGUUAUCGGGGCCCGCCGCGCCUCCUGGCGCAUCAUCAGCAGCAUAGAGCAGAAGGAGGAGAGCAAGGGCAACGAGGAGCACGUCAACAGGAUCAAGAAGUACCGCGCUGUGGAACGCGUAUUCGACGAUGGUAUCGGCUGCUUGGGCCCUAUCCCCCCGUUUGACCAGGUCGAGAAGGAGCUUAGCGAGAUCUGCGCGAGCAUCCUGCAGCUGCUGGACGAGCACCUUAUCCCCACUGCGUCCUCCGGCGAGAGCAAGGUCUUUUACCUCAAGAUGAAGGGCGACUACCACCGCUACCUGGCUGAGUUUAAGACGGGCGCGGACCGCAAGGAGGCGGCGGAGCACACCCUGCUGGCGUACAAGGCUGCGCAGGACAUCGCGCUCGUGGACCUCGCGCCCACACACCCCAUCCGCCUGGGCCUGGCGCUCAACUUCUCCGUCUUCUACUAUGAAAUCCUCAACUCGCCCGAGCGCGCGUGCCACCUGGCGAAGCAGGCGUUUGACGAGGCCAUCGCGGAGCUGGACACCCUGGGCGAGGAGUCCUACAAGGACAGCACCCUCAUCAUGCAGCUGCUGCGGGACAACCUCACGCUCUGGACCUCUGACAUGCAGGACGCCGACCAGCCACGUGAGGGCGGCGACCUCAAGGCGGACGACGGCGACUCGUAG